GACUGUAUCUAGCUCUAACAUACACAGACCGUUAUACUGUCCGAUGUUUACAUCACAGCCAUUGUACUACGGUGCAGCGAUGAAGCUAGAGAGUCUGUGGUGUUUCUCAGCAUCUGUAUAAGUAUGCCGUGUGUAUAUAUCUAUUUUUUUUUUCAUCCAGAACUCCUUUCAUAGAAAUUACAGGUCUUUCAAAGUCAGAAUUUUCUCUUUCUACAACAGCUAGUAAAGCCCCACCUUCUUUAAACACAUUCUUUCCUUUUUACCCCAGAUCCAAACCCCCAAAACUCGAACAUGCGCUUCACAAUCAUCACCGCUAUCGCCAUGCUCGGCCUCACUGCCAUGGGUAUGCCCUCCCAGGACAAACGCGACAAGUUCGAACCAUGCUCUGUAUUCGGCAGCAACUGCGCCGUCCAAGACCAAGAGUUCUGCGAUCCCGAGACCGGCAAAAUCUCUGUAUGCCACAAAUUCGGCAGCGACUGCUGGGUCCGGUAUACCCAGGAAGCAUGCGCAGCCAAGGAGAAGCGCGACAAAUUUGACAGUUGCUCUGUCUUUGGCGACAAUUGCGUUGUCGACGGCAACGAAUGGUGCGAUGGCACGCAGAAGGUUAUCUGCCACCAGAUCCCUUUCACCGAUGACUGUUGGGUCCGGAACACCAAUAUCGCUUGCUAA